UCAAAAGGCAACUGGGACAGCGAUACUCCAAGGAAAGCCCAGCCCACGCGAAAAAUCUACCCGGCGUUCCUCUGCGUGGUUCAACAAUCGAAGACUUCACUGCCACAGCUCUAGGGCUUUCUCCAUUUCUCCGCCCAAAAGAAUCGCAAAACUUCGAUCAUCAAGGCCAAUUAAAAUGGUUGGGCCGCAAUCUGAGAGAGAAGAGAAAGUAUCGUUGGAACUCACGGAAGAAAUCCUUCAAAGCAUGGAAAUCGGCAUGGUUUUUAAGGAUUAUAGCGGUAGAAUCAGUUCAAUGGAUAUUCAUAGAACAUCGAAUUAUUUAGUAACUGCUAGUGAAGAUGAAUCCAUCCGCCUUUAUGAUGUUUCCAGUGCCACAUGUUUGAAAACAAUUAAUAGCAAAAAGUAUGGGGUUGAUCUAGUUUGCUUUACUUCGCAUCCAACAACAGUUAUUUACUCUUCAAAGAAUGGUUGGGAUGAAUCAUUGCGACUUCUCUCAUUGCACGAUAACAAGUACUUGCGGUAUUUUAAAGGUCACCAUGACAGAGUCGUUUCACUUAGCCUAUGCUCACGAAAUGAAUGUUUCAUCUCUGGUUCCCUUGAUCGAACUGUUCUGCUUUGGGAUCAACGCGCAGAGAAAUGUCAGGGUCUUUUACGGGUGCAAGGCAGGCCUGCCAUAUCUUAUGAUGAUCAAGGGCUAGUCUUUGCUAUUGCCUUUGGAGGAUACAUCAGAAUGUUUGAUGCUCGCAAGUAUGAAAAGGGUCCUUUUGAAAUCUUUUCUGUUGGGGGGGAUCUAUCUAAUGCUAAUGUUGUAAAGUUCAGCAACGAUGGACGACUCAUGCUUUUGACAACUAUGGAUGGACAUAUUCAUGUGCUUGAUUCAUUUCGUGGCACACUUUUAUCUACAUACAAUGUGAAGCCAGUUUCUAGCAAUUGCACAUUAGAGGCAUCUUUCAGCCCUGAGGGAAUGUUUGUUAUAUCAGGUUCAGGUGAUGGUCGUGCAUAUGCUUGGAGUGUAAGGAGUGGUAAAGAAGUUGCAAGUUGGAUGAUGAAUAGUGAACCUUCUGUCUUAAAUUGGAAUUGGAUGAGCACUGAUACUGAGCCUCCUGUUAUUAAGUGGGCUCCUGGGAGUCUUAUGUUUGUAACUGGGUCUACCGAGCUAUCAUUUUGGAUUCCAGAUCUGUCUAAAUUGGCAGCAUAUGUUGGAAGGAAGUAGUGCUCUAAUUGUCCCAUGCCUAUAAUUUCAAGCAGCAUUUGUAAGGUUCAUCACUUUUACUGAUAGAAGAUUUGGUGCAGAUGGUCCUAUCUCUGUUGCUUUAGUUUCAUACAUCUGUUAAAUCAUUUAACAGACAGGGAUCUUUGUUUAACUGACUCACUAGCAAGGCAACUGUGCCCUGUUUAUACAACUUAGUCUUACUGGUCCAUGAAACUAUUUGUUGAGAGCUGUUUUGUUGAUGUUCCAGUGCUAACUUUCCUGAAUCUUGUUACUGCAUUGGAAAAGUAUACGAAUGAGAACAACUUGUAAUUUAGGUAUAAAUUUUCAACAUAUGUUGUGAAUUGUGUAAAUGAUUAAGACCAUGUAGAGCUGUUUGUCUUGUUGGUCAACCUGCAUGUUAAUCUUUGAAGUUUAGUAGGUAGGUUUCCUGUAGUUUAUUGCUAUCUUUCAUUGUUCGGCCGUUUUUUCUUCCUGCUCUUCCACUCCAUGUUAAUAGUUAAUUACUGUUCUUAUUUUGAGACAUGGGACCUGACUAUGGAGUUAUUUCAGAAGGCAGAGAAAUGCAUGAUGGAUUUGACAGAGAUAUGAAUUCAAAACAAUUUAUGUAAAAAAGCAUGGAACCCUUUGGAGAAACUUCAAAUAGAGAAUUUUGUACCAAAAAUGGUAAGAAAACAAACUAGAGAUGGAGCCAUUGGAUCGCUUAUACAAAAACAGGCUGAAAAGCUUAAUGCUAGUCGUGACUCGGUCAUACUGGUAACGGACGUUACGUACUUGGGAGCCUCAAAAAGUUUUAAAGAUCUUCUUGGAUCUACAGCUAAAUCUCUAUAUAUCUAUCAACCAGGUGCUGAAGCAUUGUCUAUAGUUUCCUCAUUUCAGUCUGCUCUGUGUCUUCAUUUCUCCUUGAGUCUAACCUUCAAUGCCCUAAAAGUCUUCAUCUCUCAUUAAGUCUGAAAAUAUGUCAAACCAAAUAAAGGAAACAUGCAUCCACCCGAAAUCUUGCCGGUAGGGACCCUUUCUCAAUUAGAGAAGGCUGUUUCCCUUGAUAUUGGGCCUGUAACA